AUGGCCCGAGGAGGGGGUCGCAAGGUGAGUGAGAGUGAAGAGGAGAGCGGUAUCGAGAGUCCGUCUUGGAGCAAUGACGAGUUGGAGAGUAGUGGGGAUGAGGUGAAGAGUUCGGAGGUGCAGGAAGUGUCGAGCGUGGCAGGUUUGUACGCGAACAAAUUAACCACGGAGUUGAAUGCGAGUGAGGAUUCGUUGGAUGAAGAUGACCUAGAGGACCUGAUGUUCGGUCUGACGGACGGUGGUGGGAACAAGCGAAGGAAGAAAAAGAAGCGACGGCGUCCGUUAUAUGCAACCCGAAGUAAUGUAGGUCGUCGGAAGUCUGCUGCGCGUGCGACGAAAGCAUUGUCUCCGAAAGCGACUGAGUUGUUGCAGGCGGCGAAUAAUCUGUACAUGGAGGGUGACUACAAGGCUAGUCUGAGCAAGGUGGUGGAGGUAGUAAAGGAGGCACCAGGUGCACACGACCCCUUUCAUCUGAUGGGGUUGUUGUAUGAAACGGCGUUCAACGACCCAAAGAAGGCUGUGAACGCAUAUCUGGUUGCCGCCACAAUACUACGCUCGGACGCUCUGUUGUGGAAACGCAUCGGCCAAAUGGCUGAACGACUGGGCGCUGACUCACUCGCCGUCUACUGCUACCGACGUGUACUACCAGCGGGCCGGAAACGCGGCGAUGUCGACGAAGAAACCGCCGUAGACAUCUCCAGACUCUUCAUCAAACGGAUGGAGUUUCUCCGUGCUGCCGUCUACCUUCUCAAACUUCUCACCAGACACCCCGGUGACAUGCUUCUCGCUCUCGAACUCAGCAAGUGCUUCUUCCAACUAGCACACUUCCGCUGCGCCGCCGUCACCGUCGAAUGCGCUCUCGCCAACUGCCUACCCGUCUGCAUACGAGGCAACUUCACCGGCAUCAUCAAAAAACACCCCUGGCUCAACCCCCUCCUGCAGCCUCCAAUCCCUGCAACUCAGGACAUUGAAUUGCCACCCUCCGGAGAAAUCCUGCUGCAAGACCACCCCCCUCUCUCGGCAGACCACCCCCCUCUCUCGGCAGACCACCCCACUCUCUCGGCAGACCACCCCUCUCUCUCGGCAGACCACCCUCCUCUCUCGGCAGACCACCCCCCUCUCUCGGAAGACCGGAGAGCGGAAGCGCUCAAGAUGAUGCAGGACGAGUUGGCAUCGGUGGAGGUGUUGCUGGAGAACGCGGUCGUGGACUGGCGGAAGGCGGAGGACACGGAGGACGACAUUUGGCUAGAGUAUGAAUUGGUGCCGCUACCGGCGCCGGACGCAGGUGCGAUCGAGAUGCUUUUUGGCCUGUUAUUGCAGCUGGAUGAGUCGCAGCGAUGCGCGGACUUGGGUGGAAAGUUAUUGGUGCAAAUGGCAAUUGUUGAGGGCAAUAUAAACCCAGACACGGUUUGGUGUAACCCGGCAGAAUACCAGCGCAUUCUGGUGGCGCAAAUGCGGACGCUGCCGCUCAACGUCAUUGUGCGAUUUACCUCUGCCGUGGUACGAACAGACCGGCAAGCAGGAGGGUGGAUGGCCGACCUCGUGAUCGAGCGACUCGCGCAAAUAGACCAAACCGCUGCCCGAGCCUUCUACGUCCAGCUCGCUGACUCGUUCCUUGCGGCUAGCGACCCCUCCAAGGCACUCACUAUAUACAAGAUGAUUAAUACGGCGGAGGACGCGUAUGCGAAGGGCGAGUUUUGGCUCAAGGCGGCCAAGUGCUACAUCAAGAUGAAAGAGUACGAUAAGGCGGCGGAGUUUCUGGAGGUGUUAUGUCCGGAUUCAUUUGCGCGAGUGGACCCAUCGGAUACAAUGCGCGAGAUCACGUUGCGCGUCCGUGCUGUUGAGGCGCGAUUAUUGCUAUGGCAGAUCCUGAACGGGGAGUAUGUGGUGGAAAGUAAGGAGAAGGAGGCGGCGAAGGAGCUCACGAUUGACCACCGGAUUCGUUUAUUAAUUGUGGGUUCGUCGUUGAACGAGGUACCGAAGCAGACUUUGGGGCAGGAUGCAAGGAAGCUCAUUUGUUUGAGAGUUGCCGUAUAUAGCCAGCUACUCGAAAAGGCUGCCAAGACGCUGUCUUGUUGCCGGUUCGUCGAGGGCUGGAUCCGAAGCCAGCGCUGCGAUGCCAUCCCUUCGCCGACUAUUCCUGCGGAAAUAGUCAAUACCUAUCUAACUGAACACAUGAAGCCGCUGGUCCGCAAGCCUCUCUCCGUGUCCGAUUUGUGGGCGGCCCUGUCCGGCAUUAAUAUGGACCGGCGCAUGUGUGCACACGCAGAUUGCAAGCCAAAAUUGAACCGAUUUCUCUCUGUCUGGCGCCAGCUGGUCUGUACGGAGUAUGUGGUGCUGUUGCGCGACACGUCAAUUGAUAUGCGCCGCGUUUUGCAGGAAAGUUCGCGGCACCGCGCCGAGGCGCUGCAGAAGCAGCUGACCAUCGGCAAAGGCUUUACGGAAAGCGCGCAGUUGAACGCACCCCUGCUGGCCAUCGAGGCGUCGCCGAAGGAUGGCUUGUCGGACGGCUUGUCGCAGGGCUUGCUCGACCGCGACUUGAUUUUCAAGAUGCGCGCUAAGGGACUAUCAACAAGGCUGCGACGGCGCGCGGCGCAUCAGCAGAAGGGCGUGCCUGCGUCGCAACUGCUGUUACACCGGAAGCUGCGAAUAAAGCUGGAGUUGUUGUCUUUGGAGGACUUGCUGGGUUGGCCGGAGUACAGUCGAUUGCUGGAAACGGGUACGGCCUUGUUGGUGCAGGAGAAGAUGCCGGCGUUGGCAGUGGAGUUGCUGGAGUGCGUCUUGUUGAGUAUUCGUUACUCGCGCACGCUUAAGAACCCCGACUACGCGGUGGAGCGGGCGGCUUUCAAGACCAAGGUGAAGCGGUUGAUUUUGCGUACGGCGGUCAUUUGCGAUUUGUUGCGGGUGACGCUGAGCAACCUGCGAAGCCGCAUCAUCAUCCCGAACCUGAAGCGGAAUAAGAUGGCUGCGACGAGUUCAGCGCUCUCAUUGUACGGAAUGAUGCUCUUCAGUGGGACAUUUAGCCAUACGAGUGUGACCUCCAUAUCAGCGAGUGCCGAACGCGACAUCAUCGCCUUUAAUCGUGCCUGGGUUGCUCGCCGCUUGCUGGAGAAACCGCACAGCUUCCUGCUUACGCUCAUGACGGCUCACUAUUGCACCGUCAGUAUGCGCUACAACUUUGCCGUUGCGGAAUAUACGCGUGCCGUGCAACUGCGACCCGCCAACUGCGUCGCCAGUCUCUCACUCGCCGUAGCCACCAUCGCGCUCUCCACCUCUCGUGGCGUCCAGGACCGGCACCGCGUAGUGUUGCGCGGAUUUUCCGCUCUCCAGCGAGCCUUCCGAGUCCGGGAGGCCUGGACCAGUCGCUACACAGCGCGUCUGCAGGAAUUUGCUAAGAACAAGGUCGCCAAACUGGUCGCCUUUGCCCACAACACGCCCGCCUUCAUCGCCAAACUCUGCAAAGAAAUCGCCAUUGAACCCCGGCUCCCCCUCGAAAACAAAUUGAAGAUACUUAGCAAACGCGUCGUCGAGUGGACCAUGGCUACCAUCCACGAUCUGAACACCUACGUGCAGUGCGAGAAUCUUUACAACCAGGCCCGCGCUUACCACCACCUUUCCCUCAUGCACCUUGCCGCCCCGCUCUACCGCCAAGUCAUCGACCGACUCGCCCAACUGGACCACAAGUACCAAGCUCUCGGCCAAGUGCUGCUCAACUGCCCGCGAGGCAGCGUUGCCAUCAGCACUCUUGUCCAACUCAGCAAGACCGACUACCCACCAGCCCUCACCUUCCACAAGUGCUCUCUACACAAGUCAUCUCCGGAUGAACCUAGUGGUAGUAUUGGACCUAGUGGUAGUAUUGGACCUAGUGGUAGUGUUGGACCUAGUGGUGGAAACAACGGUGGUGACGAGCAGCAAGCGUGUGCAAGCAUACAGUGCAGACACGCGCGAAACCGGACGGGUCCCGUGCAAUGGCCGUCGGGCGUUCACGGGAUGGACGCUGUGAUGCUCACUCAGGUGGCCGAGGGCGCGGAGGAGGCCUUCGAAAGCACGGUCAAGGAUGUGUCGCUCAACGUCGACUCGAUCAACAUGGGUCAGGCGGACUAUGUGUUGUUCCCCGGCCGCGCUCCCGAGGAUCCGGUCGGCCGCUCGGACGUGCCGGGCACCAAUGCUGAGGGUGAGGUGGCAGCCUUCUAUGGACUCUUCGAAAACAAACUCGACAGCGCACACGCCCGCGAAGCUGCGAUUCACCUACUCGAGAAAUACCUCGAAGACAUCCCGCCCUGCAUCAUGUUCCUCGCUGUCGACACAAAACAACUCCGCCAAUGCGCCGUACUUAACGUCGCCCAAAUCUCCAAGUCCCAGCGAAGCUUCACCUUAGCCAGACAUCUCCAACAACAACACCUCGUCUGGGAGUAA